UACCUGGAACUGGGAGUGAUGUCAGCUCCCAGCUCGGAGCCUGCCCGGAUUCCUGACAUGGUGUAGGGCCGAGAGGGUGGGGAAGGCGGGGGCCGGACGGCAAAGGAUUGGGGUUUGCGAGCCUGCUGCGGGGCUCCAGUGUUGGGGCUUUGAACUCCGACGGAAGGUGAACCAGAACUUCUGGAACUAGUGCCAGCGGCUCUCCACCCCCCAGGAGCAGGAGGAUCUGACACACUCCUAGGGAGGAUGCUGUUUGGCUGUUUUGAAGGCGAGACCUCGAAGCGUGGGAGAGCCUCGCCUCCUUCUCCAGCUGAUGUUGCAUAACCUCCAAGAGAGCACACAGUGGAAAAGGACACAGGCUUUGGAACCAGGCAGACUUCUGUCACUUAUUAAGUAUAAAAGAACUUUAUGGAUCAGUUUACUACUAAGUACAUGCAAGAUUUGAAGAGCUGAAGAAAACAUCAGUAUUAAACUUGUUUUCUUUAAAUAUCUACGUUGGAAUUUGCCCUUGACAAAUAACAAAAUGAUGAGUGAUGCCAGUGACAUGUUGGCUGCAGCGCUGGAGCAGAUGGAUGGCAUUAUAGCAGGUUCUAAGGCCCUAGAAUAUUCCAACGGGAUUUUUGAUUGCCAGUCUCCCACCUCCCCAUUCAUGGGAAGCUUGCGAGCUCUGCACCUUGUGGAAGACCUGCGUGGAUUGUUGGAGAUGAUGGAAACAGAUGAGAAGGACGGCUUGAGAUGCCAAAUCCCAGAUUCAACAGCAGAAACGCUCAUCGAAUGGCUUCAGAGUCAAAUGACAAAUGGACACCUACCUGGGAAUGGAGAUGUGUAUCAAGAAAGGCUAGCACGUUUAGAAAAUGAUAAAGAAUCCCUUGUUCUUCAGGUAAGUGUGUUAACAGACCAGGUAGAGGCACAGGGAGAGAAGAUUCGAGAUUUGGAGUUCUGUCUUGAAGAGCACAGAGAGAAGCUGAACGCCACAGAAGAAAUGCUGCAGCAGGAGCUUCUGAGUAGGACGUCCUUAGAAACUCAGAAGUUGGAUCUGAUGGCUGAAAUAUCCAACUUGAAGUUAAAACUGACAGCUGUAGAGAAGGACAGGUUGGAUUAUGAAGAUAGGUUCAGAGACACAGAGGGGCUAAUGCAGGAGAUCAAUGAUUUGAGGUUGAGAGUCAGUGAAAUGGACAGUGAAAGACUUCAGUACGAAAAAAAGCUGAAAUCAACCAAAGAAGAACUGGCAUCUUUAAAAGAACAGCUGGAAGAGAAGGAAUCCGAAGUAAGAAGGCUACAAGAAAAAUUGGUGUGCAAGAUGAAAGGAGAAGGGAUUGAAAUACUUGAUCAAGAUGAAAAUUUUAAAAAGAAGCUCAAAGACAAAAAUAUUGAAGUACAAAAAAUGAAAAAGGCUGUGGAGUCUUUGAUGGCAGCAAAUGAAGAAAAGGAUCGGAAAAUAGAAGAUCUUCGACAGUGCUUGAACAGGUACAAGAAAAUGCAAGAUACAGUGGUAUUGGCCCAAGGUAAAAAAGGCCAAGAUGGCGACUAUGAAGAUCUGCUCACUUCCAGUUCUGUCUCCACUUUGCUGGAUGUACAGGGUUUUAGUGAUCUGGAGAAAAGUCUGUCACCUAUACCAGUAAUAGGAUCUCCCAGUCAUGACCCAUUUAACACAAGUGUUUCAGAAGAGUUCCACACCAGCAUCUUGCAAGUUUCGAUCCCUUCAUUAUUGCCAGCAUCUAAAGGCUUGGAAACUUCUGAAAAAGCAAAAUCGCCUCCUAAGCCAGAGAUUUCAUUUGAAGAGAAUGAUGGAAAAAUAAUCCUUGGUGCUGCUGUUGAAACCCAACUGUGUGAUAGUCUUUCGACUUCAAGUCUGCAGAAGUCUAGCAGCCUGGGCAAUCUGAAGAAGGAGUCGCCAGAUGGGGAAAAGGAGUCUAUUCAGAAGCCUUCAGAGGAUAAAGCUCCAGGAGAAAGCAGCCCAUUUGGGAGCCUCCCUCCCAAAGCCCCGGGACACGAUGCCUCCAUGGAUGACAACCCCUUUGGCACUCGAAAAGCCAGAUCUUCCUUUGGUCGUGGCUUUUUUAAAAUAAAAAGUAACAAGAGGACAGCAAGUGCACCAAACUUGGCUGAAACAGAAAAGGAGACAGCCGAGCACCUAGAUCUGGCUGGUAUAUCUUCUCGGCCAAAAGAUGCACAGGGGAGCAGUCCUUUCCAGAUGUCUCCACCAUCACCAGAUUCCAAAAAGAAAUCCAGAGGCAUCAUGAAACUCUUUGGAAAACUUAGGAGAAGUCAAUCAACUACAUUCAACCCAGAAGAUAUGUCUGAGCCUGAAUUCAAAAGAGGAGGGACAAGGGCAACUGCAGGGCCCCGAUUGGGUUGGUCUAGAGAUUUGGGACAAACUAACAGUGACUUGGAUAUGCCAUUUGCCAAGUGGACCAAGGAGCAGGUUUGCAAUUGGCUUGUGGAACAGGGCUUGGGGUCCUACCUGAAUUCUGGCAAGCACUGGAUUGCGUCUGGCCAAACGCUUUUGCAGGCAUCUCAACAGGAUCUAGAGAAGGAACUUGGAAUCAAGCAUUCACUUCAUCGAAAGAAACUCCAGCUGGCACUGCAAGCCCUGGGAUCCGAAGAAGAAACCAAUCACGGAAAGCUGGAUUUCAACUGGGUCACUAGAUGGUUGGAUGAUAUUGGUCUUCCCCAGUACAAGACCCAGUUUGAUGAAGGACGAGUAGAUGGUCGAAUGCUCCAUUACAUGACUGUUGAUGACUUACUGUCUUUGAAGGUUGUGAGUGUGCUACAUCAUCUCAGUAUCAAAAGGGCCAUCCAGGUCCUGAGGAUCAAUAACUUUGAACCAAACUGUCUACGGAGGCGGCCAUCUGAUGAGAAUAGCAUCACCCCAUCAGAGGUUCAGCAGUGGACCAAUCAUCGAGUGAUGGAGUGGCUGCGCUCUGUGGACCUGGCAGAAUAUGCCCCCAAUCUUAGAGGCAGUGGUGUCCAUGGUGGGCUCAUGGUUCUAGAACCUCGCUUUAAUGUAGAAACAAUGGCUCAGUUAUUGAACAUCCCACCAAGUAAGACCCUGUUGAGAAGACAUUUGGCCACUCAUUUCAACCUUCUGAUCGGUGCUGAGGCCCAACACCAGAAGCGUGAUGCCAUGGAGUUGCCAGAUUAUGUACUCCUAACAGCUACUGCCAAAGUGAAGCCAAAGAAACUUACCUUCAGCAAUUUUGGGAACCUGAGAAAGAAGAAACAGGAAGAUGGGGAAGAAUAUGUUUGUCCAAUGGACUUGGGACAGGCAUCAGGAAGUACAUCUAAGAAAGGCUUUAAAUCUGGUUUGGACAUGCGCCUAUAUGACGAAGAUGAUUUGGACCGGUUAGAGCAGAUGGAAGAUUCAGAAGGGACAGUGAGACAGAUAGGUGCAUUCUCUGAAGGCAUCAACAAUCUGACACACAUGUUAAAGGAAGAUGACAUGUUUAAAGAUUUUGCUGCCCGUUCCCCCAGUGCCAGCAUUACCGACGAAGACUCAAACGUUUGACCGCACCUAGAUGAACGUUAGAAGCCAUUCGUCAUUUUCCACUUUAUUUCUCAAACAUUCACAGUAUAUACCACAAGAAACAGAUUGUAUGUCAUUUAUUGUACAGCUUCUGCUCACUUAGAAGUGGAAAUGGAAAGCAGAGGAUACGUGCCUAUUCUGAAGUUGCCAUGAAAAAUGAGACACUGGUGAAAGAGAGUAUAAUUGUUUUUCCUCUAUUUAAUGUAAAAAUCUGUGAUAUAUUAUAUUUAAAGUGUUGCAUUUAAUAUGAGUAUUUUACCAUAGUGUUUCCAUUCACGUUCACAGCAUGGAGGGUUUGAGAAGCAGUAACCAGUAUGUGAAUGAUUUUGUCACAUCAGUGUGACGGCACUGCAGCCACCGAAGCAGGACGUUAUAUGCUUUCAAAAUCAAUACGUGGAAUUUCUUUGAGCAUUCACUGUGCCCACUAAAUGCCAGCCACACCUCCACUUGCCUCCUUUUGUGCUAUUUUUAUAUAUUUUUCUAAAUAUAUGUAAAUAUUUAGUACAUAGAAAAUAGAACUUUUAUUUUGUGGCCUAAGGAAGAUGGUAAAAAGAUCACAUAAAAAAAAAAUACAGUGAUCAAAAUUUUCAUAUACCAGCUGGUUCUUGGAGAGGUCAGGAUGAUCUUUCUCCACAACUGAAUUUUAAUAAUGUUGAUCAUUCAGACUAAAUUAGUAUAUAUUAAAUACUCCUUCUUUGAUGACACAUCGCAAAAUUGUUGAAUAGUUUUUUAAGAAUUUCAACCUUAAUCUUGGAUCCUUUUACCUCAUAGGAAGAACUUGAGGAAAAUUUAAAUACUAUUAACUUGAAUGCAUUCAGAAGCUCCCCCAAAAUUUAUAGAAUAAUUUCUGAAGAAACAAAAUCAAAACAAAAACCUUCACAGUAUUAAAUUUCUUAUUUUCCUCUUUGCUAAAUAUAUCCUUACAUCAAAAUACUAACAGUCUGCCUAAUGUUAUUAAUUGUACAUUUCUCGGGCUUUCGAGGGAUGAGAUUUUUUUUAAAGCUGAAUAUUUGUUUCAACAUUUUAUCUCAGAGUUCAAUAACUCUGAGUCUGCAAAAUUAGUUUUAUAAUGGCUAUAUUGUGAUGAUAAAAUGUAGUUCAUGUUUUUUGGUAGCACAGGGCCCAAAUAUUCUUUAUAAAGAAUAUAGAAAGCUGCAGCAAAAACUGUUACUGUUUAUUAUUUUUUUAGGGACAUUAGAAAAAAUAUUCUAUUUUUUAUUCAGUACUACGUCAUUACUCAUGAUAGCCAACUGUGGUAAAGACAGGUUCUCACAAAUUCACAUAGGGGUGGGCAGUUCAAUAUAUGCCAGUGGACUUGCUUAUAAACUAUAUUUGAAUGUCAGUGGUAUGGUCUUUCAAGUUAUCAGCAAGUUAUGAAGCUUUUCAUCAAGGAAGUUGUAAUACUAAAUUACUAUUUAUUCAUACCUAAAAUGAUCUGACGCUAAUAAUAAUCUUUUGCUCCCUACCAUUAUUUGGUGACUGUAUUGGACUCCUAUUGUAUUUGGGUUUUAUUUUAAUGUUAAUAUAUGCCACCAUUUGAAAAACAGUUUGUUAUCUGAACCUGGUUAAAAAUACCCAGAGACUGUUAUAGAUGCCAAAUAUUCUUUAUUCAGGACAAUGUAACAUAACUGAUGAUAUGUGAUAAGGUUAAAAUUUUUUUGAUGAUAUAUAUUUUAUUUACAAAAUAUUAUACACUGCUGGUAUUACCAUAUGAAAAGAAAUAAAGUCAAUUGAUAAUUGCCUCAUA